AUGCGCGUGUCCAUCCUCACCGCCGCCCUCGCGGCCACGCCCGUUCUCGCCCACCCCGGCAUGAAGAACACCUUCGCCGAGAUCCGUGCUCGGCAGGGCAAGUCCAACGGCGGUAACAAUGCUCGCUCGACUGAGAUCCUUGGCGACCUGAUUGACCUCGGCGAGUCGAAGCUUUCAGGCGUCGGCAAGCUCGUCAAGCAACUUUUGACCGGCUCUGGAAGCCCGGAAAGCGACGAGAUCUACUCGAGCGACCAGACCGCAUCUAGGUCUGUUCGUCGCAGAGACUACAGCUACGGCGGUGGUGGCGGCGGUGGCGGCGGCGGCGGCUCUCCCCCGGCCGGAGGCGGUGGAUCCCCUCCUGCCGGAGGCAAACCCCCUGGCGGCGGUGCUUCCCCCCCUCCUCCCGGAGCCGCUGCUCCUCCUGCAUCGGGAACCAAACCGUCAGGCGGCGCUCCUCCACCCGUAGGAGGUGCUUCUCCACCUCCCCCUGGAGGCAAGCCUCCUGGUGGUGGCCCCCCCUCUCCCCCGAAAGGCGGAUCAUGCCCGCCCAAGGAUACUCCCGCUUGCGCCGCCGACACUUGUUGCAUCUGGAAGCACAUUGGCGAUGAUCUUCAAACGGCCUUCAAGGGCGAGUCGGGCCGCUGCACCGACCUCGCCCGCGCCGCCAUCCGGCUCGGCUUCCACGACGCCGGCGGCUGGUCCAAGGGAACCGGCAAGCUGGGCGGCGCCGACGGGUCCAUCAUCCUCGCCGCGGAAGAGAUGCAGCGCGUCGAGAACAAGGGCCUCGAGGAGAUCGUCGAGCAGACCAAGGCCUGGUUCAGCAAGUACCAGCAGUACGGCAUCACCAUGGCCGACCUCAUCCAGUUCUCCGCCAACACGGCCACCGUCGUCUGCCCUCUGGGCCCCCGCGUCCGCACCUUUGUCGGCCGGAAGGAUUCGUCCGUCCCUGCGCCGCGCGAUCUUCUCCCCGAUGUCGCCGGCACGGCCGACUAUCUGAUCGAGCUCUUCAGCAACAAAACCAUCAGCUCGUACGGUCUCAUCUCCCUCAUCGGCGCCCACACGACCAGCCAGCAGCGCUUUGUCGACACGGCGCGUGCCGGCGACCCGCAGGACAGCACCCCCGGCGUGUGGGAUGUCAAGUUCUACUCCGAGACGCUCGGCAACGCCCCGGCGCGCGUCUUCAAGUUCGCCAGCGACAUCGUCCUCUCGAAGGACUCCCGGACCAGCGCCCAGUUCAAGGCUUUCGCCGGCCCCGGUGGACAGUCUGCCUGGAAUGAGGGCUACGCCCGCGAAUAUGUCCGUCUUUCUCUCCUCGGCGUCUACAACAUCAACGACUUGACCGAAUGCACCAAGGCCCUGCCCGCCCGCUGGGCCGCCAGCGACUUCAGCGCUCCUGACCAGGGCAACGUCGACGAGUGGCUCACCACCGAGGGCCCGGUUGCCGAUAUUCCCGACGAGCUGAGGAAGGGUAAACCUAUUGGCCCCCCUCCCCCUCCCGGUAGCCCCGGAGGCCCCAAGGCCAAGGGUAACUCUCCCAGCGGCCCUGGCUCUCCGAAAGGUGACAGCCCUAGCGGGAAUGGAUACUCGUCCGGUGGCCCCGGAGCUCCGAAGGGCGACUCUCCCGCCGGUCCCGGGGCACCUAAGGGUAACUCUCCUUCUGGGAACGGAUAUUCCCCUACUGGUCCUGGGGCGCCGAAGGGAAACUCUCCCGCCGGGCCCGGUGCGCCGACUGACAACUCUCCUAGCGGACCUGGGGCGCCGAAGGGUGACAGCCCUUCCGGGAAUGGAUACUCCCCUAGUGGUCCUGGGGUGCCGAAAGGAGAGUCUCCCGCCGGUCCUGGGGCACCUAAGGGUAACUCUCCUUCUGGGAACGGAUACUCCCCUGGUGGUCCUGGGGCACCGAAAGGCAACUCCCCUGGCGGCAACGGCAACUCCCCCAAUGGCGCCGGAGCACCAAAGGGCGGCUCUCCCAGCGGAUCGGGAGGGUACCCAGCCGGCGGCUCUGGGGCAUCAAAGGGCAACACAGGAGGAGGAGGCGGCUCUGGCUAUUAA